AUGGCUUUCCUUUCUUUCGCAGGUCCGUACGACUCCGACUCCACCAGUUCCGACGAGGCUGCUGUACCGACUCCAGAGAUGGCGGACAGAGCAAAAAAGAUGAGGCGUCGGCUGACCCAGCACGCUUCCGGCACUGCCAUUGCUUCUUCCUCCCAACCGUCGCCGGCUCCAAUGUCGACUCCUCCACCUCCACAUAACGUGGUCGACUUGACGCCGUCGCCCGUCGUGUCGCCGACUCGACAGCCACCUCCUCCUCCAUCUGAGAGUCCGAGCUCCAAACGGCCGGCCGAGCAGACGGACACGCCGGCUCCGAAGAAGAUCCGGUUGAGCCACGAGGUGGACGAGGAUGCCCAGAUCUGGCAAGGCAACUCCUCUGUCCGCAAAUGGGCUGCAAACAUCCUUCUUCCUAAGGAUGUGGCGACGACCGGCGCCCUGGGGGACGAGUACAUCGUUAAGGCCUCGCUACGCCAGUCGUACCGCAAUCUCACCUUCCAAAUAGAGAUGAGCCGGCGACUGAGGGAGUAUAAGACCGGGCUGAAGUCCAUGGCCGUUCGGGUGCACCAAACAGAGGAGGCCUUCUUGGAGGAGCAAGCUAAGCACGCCAAGGCGGUGGAAGUGCAUAACUCCGAGAUGCUAAGGGUCACCCGUCAGUGGGAGGAGGAGCGAGACAAAGUGGCGACCAUCGCCGCGACCUCGGUGGAGGACUACAAGAAGUCGGCGGCCUUCGAGGCGGACGUGAAGGCGGCGAUAGAGGCCCGGCAGAAGGAGAUCGCUAAAGAGUGGCUGGCGACGCCGGAAGGUGACGACUUCCUUUUGGAUUUGGGCGAGCGUGACUAUCGCCUUGGCUUCCGCGAGGCGCAGACAGAAAUCCACUCCGCCCUGCUGGUCCGCGACUCCUCUUUCACCCCCAAGAGCUGGGGCCUCAAGCCGGUGAUAGACGUUCUCCCGGCGGCUGAAGGACCGGCGGCUCUCCCUGCGGCGGCUCCUCCCAAUCUCACUGAGUCCUCCCCUCAGGCAGAGGACCCUUCUUCUGGUUCUGGAAAUCGAAGAAAUAUUUCUAAGGCAUCGGGCCCUUCUGACUCUGAGAGAUGA